AUGAAAAAGCAAGAGAAUAGGUGGUUUCCCACAAAAGUCACAUUAACAGACCUCGACUGCGACCAUAUUCCACCUGUACGCGUGCCUUUUCGCGGAGGCACGGGCGAUACUGAAAAACCUCGAGCCCAGUUUCUCUGGGGCACAAACACGCGUGGCCAAGUCAAUGCCAGCUUAACACCCAGCACAACUCCUGUGAUCUUUUCCGGUAUACAGCCUACUGGAGUUCCUCACCUCGGGAACUACCUGGGUGCACUGCGUCAGUGGGUGAAGCUUCAGAAUGCUGCCAAACCCAACACGAAGCUACUGUUUUCAAUCGUGGAUCUCCAUGCAUUGACGGUACCUCAGGAAGCGUCCCAAUUGAGGAAAUGGAGGGUAGAAGCGUUUGCAACGUUGCUUGCAGUUGGAUUGGACCCCAAGAGAUCCACAAUCUUCUACCAAUCGGCGGUGCCAGCACACGCAGAAUUGAUGUGGAUUCUGAGUACGGUAGCCUCCAUGGGGUACCUCUCGCGAAUGACACAGUGGAAGAGUAAGCUUCAGUUGCCGGAGGAAACCACUCUAGAUAAUUCCGAGGCACGAGCACAGCUGCGCUUGGGUCUUUUCUCCUAUCCAGUGCUCCAAGCAGCUGAUAUUCUAGUCCAUCGAGCCACUCAUGUUCCGGUGGGCGAAGACCAAAGACAGCACCUUGAAUUCUCAAGGUAUACAGCAAGUAGCUUCAACCACCUUUAUGGGCCUAUUUUCCCCACACCCGAAGCAUUGAUCUCUCCUGCGAAGCGAGUAAUGUCGCUCAAGGAACCUACAGCGAAAAUGUCCAAGUCUCACGCUGAUGAGCGGUCCCGUAUCCUGUUAACAGACUCUCCACAUGAGAUCCAGAAGAAAGUCAAGGUUGCAUUGACAGACUCAGAGCCGGGAGUCACCUAUGAUCCCACGCGGCGACCAGGUGUUUCAAACCUGAUUGAGAUUCUGAGUCAUCUAGAAGAAUCCAGUUGCGAGCAAAUUGCAACCGAAUUUCACUCUGCCAGCUUGCGGGCAUUGAAGGAGCAUGUCGCGGAGCGUAUUGCGCAUCACCUCCACGGCGUCCGCGAGCGAUACUUCGAGAUCAUGGCCAAUCAUAGUUAUCUCGACUCGGUUACGCAGGAAGGUGCUACGACUGCUCAAGCCAAUGCAGACGUCACCAUGCGACGGGUCCGGGAUACUAUAGGACUAUGA